AUGCCUGGAAACAACCAGACUGUCAUCACUCAGUUCCUCCUCCUGGGACUGCCCAUCCCCCCAGAGCACCACCACCUGUUCUAUGCCCUGUUCCUGGCCAUGUACCUCACCACUGUCCUGGGGAACCUCAUCAUCAUCAUCCUCAUUCGUCUGGACUCCCAUCUCCACACACCCAUGUACUUGUUUCUCAGCAACUUGUCCUUCUCUGAUCUCUGCUUUUCCUCUGUCACAAUGCCCAAGUUGCUGCAGAACAUGCAGAGCCAAGUUCCAUCCAUUCCCUAUGCAGGAUGCCUGACACAAGUGUACUUCUUUGUGUUUUUUGGUGAUCUUGAGAGUUUACUCCUUGUGGUCAUGGCCUAUGACCGCUAUGUGGCCAUUUGCUUCCCUCUGCAUUACAUGAGUAUCAUGAGCCCCAAGCUCUGUCUGAGUCUGGUGCUGCUGUCCUGGGUGCUGACAACCUUGUACGCCAUGUUGCACACUUUGCUGUUAACUAGGUUGUCUUUCUGUGAAAACAAUGUGAUCCCCCAUUUUUUCUGUGAUCUGUCUGCUCUCCUGAAGCUGGCCUGCUCUGAUAUUCAUAUUAAUGAGUUGGUGAUAUUGAUCAUAGGAGGGCUUGUUGUUAUACUUCCAUUUCUACUCAUCAUAGUGUCUUAUGCACGCAUUGUCUCAUCCAUCCUCAAGGUCCCUUCAACUAGAGGCAUCCACAAGGUCUUCUCCACUUGUGGUUCUCACUUGUCUGUGGUGUCACUGUUUUAUGGGACAGUCAUUGGUCUGUACUUAUGUCCAUCAGCUAAUAACUCUACUCUGAAGGACACUGUCAUAUCCAUGAUGUACACAGCAGUGACUCCCAUGCUGAACCCCUUCAUCUAUAGCCUGAGAAACAAAGACAUGAAGGGAGCACUAAAAAGAGUGCUUCAAAAGAAAACUCUCUUCUAACUAUGGUAACUACACUUCAGAUGUUAUUAUA